AAAUAUCGAGAAGAAAUCGAAUUAGAAAAACAAUAACAUCGUGUACUGAAAAGUAGUUUUCCAUAUUUUUCUUUAAAUCUAUAAUGAAAUUUGUAAUAGAAAGUGUCGGUAAAUGUUCAGGAAGGCUGGGAACACUGUCUGGGAUUGAAAGAUUUCCGGAGUUAUCACUAAAAACACCAAUUUUGCUUCAAACAACUAAAGGAGGAAGUUUUCCCUAUUUGUCGAGGGAAGUUGUGAUGCUGACAACAGAUCUCCGUGAGACUGUUCUAUCUGUAAAUCUGAGUAGUACGGGGGAGAUGUUGGAAGCUGUGAAGAGUUCCGGGAAUGGGAUCGCGUCUUUCGCAGCUCUGCAUGAGUGUUUAACUUUCUUCUGCCUCAGAGACACGGGUGAGGAGUCUAAGACAGGACAUCAUGAAAAAGCAGGAGUUCCUCUCUUUACGAGACACGGAAAAAAAGUAAUUUCACCGGAAAUUUUCAUGGACUUUGUGGAAGCUUUCAAGCCAGAUUUCUUCCAUUUGCUCAGCGAUGGUGAUACGUCUUUUGACUCUUCUAAGAAGAGAGGCAUUCAAUCAGUGACAAGAACCAUUGAUUUUGCCCAGAAAUGUCUCGAAAUUAGGAAUAAAAGGGAAAAUCUUCGAAAAAUGUUCGUUCUGGCGCCGAUUGUUGGUGGUUUCUCGCAUGUAAAUCGCCGGAAAUGCAUAGAAUUUGCUUCUAGUGCUUCAGGGAUUGAUGGAUUUUUUAUUGAUGGUCUCCACGCAAAUGGGGAGACUGCUCUCUUCGUUCCGGAGAAAGAAACUCUUGAAAUUGUAAAAAUGUGCACGGAAAAUCUCCCUCAAGAGAAACUAAAGAUGAUCUUGGGAUCAUUCUCACCUGUCCUAGUGCUUAAGAUGAUUCAAUUGGGAGUUGAUGCCUUCGAUAAUUCCCUCCCAUUGCUGUAUUCCUUGAGAAAUAGAGCAUUAGUUUUCGACUUUUAUCUGGAAAAGCAAGGAGAAAAACGGAAAAACCUUCAUAUUGACUUGUCCAGUGAAGGAUUCAGGGAAGAUUUCAGCUCAGUCCUUGAAGGAUGUGAAUGCUUAACUUGCAAAGAACACACAAAGGCCUAUCUGAGGCAUUUAAUUGACUGUAAGGAGCUCUUGGGAACGAUACUUCUUAACAUUCACAAUUUCCAUCACUACCGAGAGUUCUUUCGCGCUAUUCAGCAUCAUAUCGUCAAAGACACCCUCAGUGACUUAAUCGCGUUGAUCGAAGAACAAAGUUUAGAGGAGGAUUAUUCUGUCAUUUUCCCACCAAAAACCAUAAAUGGCUUGAAAAGCUCAAAAGCAUCAUCUGCAAAUGAUUCAGAGGCUGAAGAAGCAAAAGAAGAGGCCAAGUAAAAGGUUAGUAAUUAAUUUAACAAUAUUUUUUAUUUGUUUUUUUUCUCAAUUACUUCGGUCUCAAUUGAGAUGGUGAAAAGAUACAAUGUAAUGUAGUAUUUGUUUUUUUUUAACCAGUAAAUAGACAUAAGAAAUUACACUAAAAUAAAUUAUUUUGCAAAGA